AUGUCUUUAAAGUUAGAAAGUUUUCUUGAGCGAAAAGGAUUCCUUGAGAAAUUCGACAACUAUUUGUUUGAUUGUGAUGGUGUUCUCUGGGAAGGAGAUCAUGUCUUUCCAGGCAUUAUAGAAGCAAUGCAGUUGCUCCGUAAUGCAGGCAAGAAGGUGUUUUUUGUGACAAACAACAGCACCAAGUCUAGAGAGGCAUUUCUCCAAAAGUUCAAAAAGCUGGGUAUUGAGGCAAACUUGGAUGAGAUUUUUAGUUCCGCUGUUGCAACCGCAGCCUACCUCAAACACAUCCUGCAGUUCCCUGCUGACAAGAAGGUGUACAUCAUUGGCAUGUCUGGUAUUCAGCACGAACUUGAGGCAAUGGAUAUUCGCUGCUGUGGUGGCGAGGCAGACAACGGACCUUUUGAUAACGAAAUUGUGAAGAAUGAUCCUGAAGUUGGUGCUGUUGUGGUUGGCCUGGACACCCAAGUAAACUAUAAAAAGUACAACAAGGCAUUUACAUACCUCCGCAACAAUACCGGAUGUUACUUUAUCAUGACAAACCAAGACUCUACAUUUCCAGUUCACGGAACAUUGCAGCCCGGUGCUGGAUCUAUUGCUGCUCCUUUGAUCACUGCUUUAAACAGACAGCCAGAUGCAAUCCUGGGAAAACCAGCACAAAACAUGAUGGACACCAUAUUCGCAGAGUACAAGUUGGAUCGUGAGAGAACCUGCAUGAUCGGAGAUCGUUUAGAUACAGAUAUCGAUUUUGGAUUAAAGGGUGGUGUUGAAACCUUGUGUGUCCUAACAGGUGUUACUUCUGAAGAAGAAAUCCUGAGCAAAGAGAACAAUAUUGUGCCUACAUAUUAUAUCAGAGGAUUUGCUGAUUUCGUAGUAGAACCCUAAGAAUAUAGAAUAAAGACAUUCUCGGAAACUGAAAAAAAGAAUAGUAAAUGCAAACUAUAGUUUGUAUUUGAAGUACAGUGUAAUCGUAUUGCUGUAAACUUUCACUUUAUACUCUCUACGCACUUCUGAUUUUGAUAUUAAACGUGCUUUAAAAGGGGUAUACCAAUAGAGUUAAAAACAAAUAAAGAAAAAGGAAAAACAAAGACUUUGUGCGUUUUAGCAUGAAUAAUGUUUUACAUAUCGAAUUU